AUGGUGUUUCCCUCCUGUGCCCGACACAUAACUGACGGGAGGAGGGAGGUCAGGGCUGCUCUUCCACAUUCGGUAGUUAGGCACGAAAAGGUCUGGGCCCAGGCAGCUACCAAAAAGGCAUCGGGAGCAGUGAAACUUGGCCAGAUUGCCCCUUUCGAGCUACGCCACAAAUUGAACUCUAGUGACAGCAAGUCCGAAUUACCUAACCUCAGCAACAUUGCUCAGGGCUCAGCCGUCGAUGGAAGAAGUGGUACCAAAGUGGCCAUUAAGAAAUUGUACCGCCCGUUUCAGUCUGAACUCUUUGCCAAACGAGCCUACCGAGAGCUGCGCCUCCUGAAACACAUGAAGCACGAAAACGUCAUUGGAAUAUUGGAUGUGUUCACACCAGAUGUAACACUGGAGAAGUUUAAUGACUUCUACUUUGUCAUGCCAUUUAUGGGAACAGACUUGAGUAAGAUAAUGAAACAUGAGAAACUAACUGAAGACCGAAUCCAGUUCCUGGUGUAUCAGAUGUUGAAAGGCUUAAAGUAUAUUCACUCAUCAGGCAUAAUUCACAGGGAUCUAAAGCCUGGAAACUUGGCAGUAAAUGAAGACUGUGAAUUGAAGAUUCUGGAUUUUGGAUUGGCGAGACAUACAGACAGCGAGAUGACCGGUUACGUGGUUACAAGGUGGUACAGAGCCCCAGAGGUCAUACUUAACUGGAUGCAUUAUACACAAACAGUUGACAUCUGGUCUGUGGGCUGUAUAAUGGCUGAGAUGAUAACGGGGAGGCCUCUGUUCAAAGGAAAUGAUCAUCUGGACCAACUCACAGAAAUAAUGAAAAUAACAGGUACACCAACUCAAGAUUUUGUUCAAAAGCUGCAGAGUCAAGAUGCAAAAAACUAUAUCAAAAGCCUCCCAAAAGUCCAGAAAAAAGAUUUUGCAUCCAUCUUGAAGUAUGCAAAUCCUUUGGCUGUAAACCUUUUGGAGAAGAUGCUGGUGCUGGAUGCAGAGAAGCGAGUCACGGCAGCUGAGGCUUUGAUGCAUCCUUACUUUGAACCAAUUCACGAUCCUGAGGAAGAAAUUGAAGCUGAGAAAUAUGACGACACAUUUGAUAACAUGGAUCUUCCGCUAGAUGAGUGGAAGUGCAUUACAUAUAAAGAGAUACUAAACUUCAAGCCACCACCGACAUCGGAGUCAAAGGAGACAGCAGUGUAAUUGUAUGACUUAGUCUUUUCAGAACUCAGAAGAAAGCAGGAAAGUUGUAAAUGUUUGUGAUAUUUCAGGUGUAUAAAACUUUUAUAAAUAAACUGGAUGUAAUCUGUUUCAUCUGCACUGUAAGAAAGAGCAGUAUCUUUUACUCUGCAUGUGGAAGUUGGUGCCUUUGGAAGUAGUAUUUCAAAACUGUCCAGAAACUUAUUCUUGCCU